AUGUCUUCAAAACAAGAGGAAGUUAUUCGUCCAAUUGCCAACUUUCCUCCUGCCAUUUGGGGAGAUCAAUUUCUCACUACUGAUGAGCAUACGAACUUGUUGAGGUUGAUUGAUGCAAUCCAAGGCUUCGGCAUAGGCUAUUAUUUUGAAGAGGAGAUUGAGAAGUCCCUUCAACAUAUUUAUGAUACAUAUGGUGAUGAAUGGAAUGGUGAUAGCUCUUCCCUUUGGUUUCGACUCAUGCGUCAACAUGGCUUUAAUGUUACAUGUGCUUUUUGCAAUAACUACAAAGACGAAAAUGGAGACUUUAAGGAAUCCUUAGGCAAUGAUGUUCAAUGCAUGCUUGACUUGUAUGAGGCAACGUACUUAAGGGUACAAGGUGAAGUUGUACUAGACGAUGCUCUUGUUUUUACAAGAUCUCGUCUUGGUGACAUAUCAAAGAAUACUCUUUACAGCAGCCCUAAUUUAUAUACCCAGAUACAGGAGGCACUAAAGCAACCCAUACGAAAAAGGAUGCCAAGACUAGAAGCGUUACACUAUAUUCCUUUCUAUGAACAACAAGAUUCGCAUAACGAACUUUUACUUAAACUUGCCAAGUUAGGGUUCAACUUGCUUCAAUCGCUGCACAAGAAGGAGCUUAGCCAUGUUUCCAAGUGGUGGAAAGGUCUUGAUGUCCCAAACAAUCUGCCUUAUGCAAGAGACAGAGUUGUUGAAUGCUACUUUUGGGCAGUCUGUGUAUGCCAUGAGCCACAAUAUUCUAAUGCUAGAGUUUUCUUAGCAAAAGUGAUAUGCAUGCAAACUUUACUUGAUGACACAUAUGAUGCGUAUGGGAUUUACGAAGAGCUUGAGAUCUUUACCGAAGCAAUUCAAAGGUGGUCGAUUUCAUGCUUAAAUGUGCUCCCUGAAUACAUGAAACUGAUAUACCAAGUAAUAAUGGAUAUGUAUAAAGAAAUGGAAGAACUCAUUGGAAAGGAGGGAAAAGCACAUUACAUUAACUAUGCCAAAGAGUUUAUGAAAGCAUCUGUUAGCGCCUACAUGAGAGGCGAAAUGGCUAAAUGA